GAAUAAGGAGACACGCAGGCGCCUCGCACAAGCCUUGUCCACCCUCACUCACUCGAUCCCAUGGCGAAGAGGGACGUGUGAUACCACCGAUUCUGUGGAAGCGCAAAGUCGUCGGACGAACCUGACAGCGCACCGGCGGAGUUUGUUGGUUUGUCGCAGAGAGGGGCGGCAGCCGGCUGGGGCUCGUCUUGGUGGGGUUCAAUAGCCGGGACUUUUAAGGUACGGGGAUAGCAACUUCACCAGUACCAAAAGGGGGGGAAGAAGGUGGACAAAGGAAGGGACACGCGAUUCAGCAUGGUGGGACGCAGGCUCUCGUCCGACUCGGAGAGCAACUAUGACCCGAGCGAGGACGACGAAAGUAUUGUCAACGACCUCGUCAGCCCUCGCAUCGAAGCCCGUGCAUCUUCAUCGUUGCGCGCCUCGCGCCGGUCAAAAGAAGACGCAUCACGGAAAAGGGGCCGGCAGCGUGGUGCUGCUGCUGUUGCGAACCGCGCGCCGGCUUCGUCGCCUUCGCCUUCUCCAACCCCUUCAUCCAAAUCAAAGAAGGAGAAAAGCAUAUUGCGCGCAAAGCCUAUCGCCUCGUUUGUGGGACCAGCGCCCAAGCCAGACAUUCUAUGCGCCUUCUGUGCGCAACCAGCAGGAUCAAGAAAGGAUGCAAUCCUUGUCAGCUGUGCGGAAUGUGGAAGCAGCGGUCAUCCAAAUUGCAUGAAGUGGAAUCGUAACACGAGGAAGAUCGCCGUUGCACAAGAGUACAAUUGGCGUUGCAUGGAGUGCAAGACAUGUGAGGACUGCUGCGAAAAGGGCGACGAUAGCCAAAUCAUGUUCUGCGAUCGAUGUGAUCGGGGGUGGCACUUGUACUGCCUCGAUCCUCCCUUGCAGAAGCCGCCGAAAGGUGAUUGGAUCUGUCCGACGUGCAAGACGCUUGAAGCCUACGUUCGACGAACUAAAAUGACGAAGGCUCGAAAGUUGGCUCUUGGUGCCUCGGCACGCUCACCCUCCGUCGCGUCUCCCCUGGCUUCGUCUUACGGCGCAUGGGAGCAGGGUGCAAACUUCGGUAGCGUUUCGCUUGGUCAUUCAUCUGAUGAGGAUGAGGCACCUCGGUAUAAAGGUCCGAUGAGAGCAAGCUCGCCGCUACCUAUGCACGUCGAUCACAAAACUUCACCAAACACACUCGGCAAGGUCCGACAGGCGAGCGGGAAUGGACGAGGAAGAAGGAUACGAAAGCCGAUUGACCUUGAUCGUUCUUACGAAAUCAGCAGCCCCAAGCGUUCAGACUCACCCAGCGUCAGGGACACGGCACAUUCGUCGCGGUCUACUAGUCGCGGUCGGCAUAGUGGUUCUGCUGCUGAAGAAAAUCCAGUCAAUGGCAUCAAGGGCAAGGACAAAGCUUCCACCAUCGUCAGAUUGAAGCUCAAUCACGCAUCGAAGCUCAGCUCGAAUAAAGCCCCCGUCAUGAAGCAGCAAAGCAAUAACAGAAACGGUGGUAGGCACAGUCGUGCGGCAAGACCAAAGUCUUUGGCCUUACCGACUUCCAGUGCGUUUGACGACGACUUCGGCGAUUCAGAUGGCUCGAGCUCUUCGCGACAAGGUCCAGUACCUCGUCUAUCACCUUCUAACGCAUCAGAUGAACGCGAUGACGAGAGUGAUGAGGAGGACAUUGAUCGCUUCAAGGGCGUCUUGACGGGACCCGAUGCGGACGUAUCUAAAGCAGUACCCAUGGAUGAGGACAAAGAGAGGUUCGAGAGGAGCAAGCACGCCGCAGAAGGCAGGCUAGGGGGUGCAGUUGCGAGCUUGCCAGGAUCUACCAGUGGGCGAGUCAUUCGCAAACCUGUUCAGCCAACCUUCCUGUCGACGCCAAGCACUUCAACCUCUGGCUACUUCUCCCUCUCGCCCUGGGCUGGCGCUGGAACAGGAGGAGAACAUGUUCGACCAUCAAGAAACGCGAAGGGGCCCGAGGUCCCUACCAACGCAUCGACGCCGAAGACACCAGGGACGCCUGCUUCUAUUGAGGCAACGGUCGCAUCCUCAGCUGAAAGCGGCACAGCCAUGCCCAUCAAGACGGUACGAUUUGGCGAGUUCGACAUCGAUACCUGGUACCAAGCUCCCUAUCCGGAAGAGUACAGCAGAGUUCCUGAUGGCCGGCUCUGGAUCUGCGAGUACUGCCUUAAAUACAUGAAGAGUCGAUUCAUGGCUAGCCGUCACCGGAUGAAGUGCAAGAUGCGUCACCCGCCUGGCGACGAGAUAUAUCGUGACGGCAACGUCUCUGUGUUCGAGGUGGACGGUCGCAAGAACAAAAUUUACUGCCAGAAUUUGUGUCUGCUGGCAAAGAUGUUCCUGGACCACAAGACGCUCUACUACGACGUCGAGCCCUUUCUCUUCUACAUUGUUGCCGAGAUGGAUCAGCUUGGCGCCCAUUUCGUCGGCUACUUUUCCAAAGAGAAGCGAAGUCCGCUUAACUACAACGUCAGCUGCAUUAUGACACUUCCCAUUCGGCAAAGGCGUGGCUGGGGAAACUUCAUCAUCGACAUCAGCUAUCUUUUGUCUCGAAAGGAGAAAAGGCUUGGCUCACCAGAAAAGCCCCUCUCAGACUUAGGUCUGCUCAGUUACCGCAACUACUGGACCCUCGCUGUGUUCUAUUAUCUCAAGUCGGCUCCCGAUCGGGUCACGUUCGAAGACAUCAGCGGAGCCACCGCAAUGACAGCAGAGGACGUCUUCUACGUGCUCAGGGAGCAAGAUAUGAUCACAGUAUCUGAUGGACAAUCUGGAAGAAUCCGAGCGCCAGCCACCUCGAAGUACAAGUCACGAGAUGGUUCCGUAUCGAACACGGCAGAGGGCAUCUCAAAUGGACGCUCGCGGGGCGGAGCUUCGGCAAGUCGGGCAGCGGCAGCAAGCAAAGACAAAGAGAGCGCCCUGGCCGUACCAAAGGACUACAGCAUCCACUUCGAUCGCGAUUAUGUCAUUGCACAUCUCAAGAACUACGAAGCGAAGGGCUAUCUCAAAGUGCGACCCGAGAAGCUUCACUGGACUCCAUUCCUGGUCACUAGGACAUUCCCUCAGUCUGUCGAUCCCACGCUUGCCGAGGGAGAAAGUGGGGGCGACGUUGCUCUGGAGGACGCCAUCGACGCGCAUCCAGCGGGAGGUUUACCAUUGUCCACAGUAAAGCCCGCUCCUGAAGCAACUAUUCAGCAGGCCCCGCAUGGAGAAGUCGUCACCUCUGAUACCCGGGAUUCGCUCACCGAGGGAAGCGACGAUGCCAGGGAGGUCAACGAAUCCGCCGCUCUAGGUCUCUUGACGCCUUCUAAGACGCUUUCUAACGGCGUCGUGGCUCCUGCUGAAGAUGACGAAGAAGGCUCUCCCUCAUCUCGCAAGCGCUUACACGACGAAGGUCAGCCCGACGUGAUCGUGCCGAGCACACAGGUUGAGGACUCAAUCCAGCGGGUGCCACCUCCAGAAGUGAUCAAUGCAAGGCGAAACAAGAGCGGCAUAGCUUCUGCGUCGUCCUCGGGUUUUUCCACGCCGAAGAGAGGCGAAAGAAAGCGAGGUGACCACGUCUUUAUGCUGUCGUCGGCCGACACUGUCUCGCCAAAGAUUCGGCAGCAGCAACAGCAAAGUGGGACAGCAACGCCAGGAGGAAUGGUUUACAUCGACGACGAUCUCGUAGAUGAAGACGCACCUGGCUCGAGCGAUGAGGACGCUCCUGGGUCCGAUGACCCCAUGUUGGAAUGAUUGGAUUGAGUCCUGCUCCCUCCUUCCUCACCGGCCCCUUCUCUCUUGAUAUAUUACUACCAAAUCUACAUCAGCCCCAUGUAUUCUUAUCCCGCUCCUUUGUUGGGAAUCCUCUCGUCUUUACCUGUCCUGACGGAUUCGAGCUGGUUGCGAUUCUGAAAGUGAAGGGGUACGUUGCAAUUGCACACAAAACGCUCCAAAAACGACAAUACGACAGAGGGCAUCCACAAAAG